AUGAGAAGCGAAGAGGAGAUGCAGAGUUGCACAGACUCCGAGAUGGAGGGUGGCGAGGACGAGACCAGCGGCUUUAUGGAUGAGUCUGCGAUAAGCAACCCUUUUCGAGAAAGAGAGAUGAGAGGGAUGAUAGGAGACUUCGAGUACAUAGAAGGCAAGUGGAUAGGAAGCUAUAGAUUUGUGAAGCAGUUAGGCACAGGGAGCAGCAGUAAGGUUGUGCUUGGACGCGAUGUGCGCAGCGGGGAGAAGGUGGCAAUAAAGAUAAUUCCCAGGAGAGUAAACGGCGGGGAGACGGGAGAUAUGGAGAUGAGAUGCGACCAGAGGGUAUUCAGGGAGGUGAUUAUAUCAUCUGUACUGAACCAUCCGCACAUUGCUCGGUUGAAGAACUUUCUGUAUAGCCCCACACACUACUUCCUGAUAUUUGAGUAUGUGAAGGGAAGGCAGUUGUACGACAUCAUCAUCAGCAGCGGGCCGUUAAAAGAGAAGGAGGGGCAGCGAUACUUCAGGCAGUUGCUUUCUGCAAUUGAUUACAUCCACAGAAACUCGGUUGUCCACAGGGACUUGAAAAUAGAGAAUAUACUGAUUGACGAGAACGACAACGUCAAGCUGAUUGACUUCGGGCUGUCGAACUUCUAUGACAACAAGACCCUGCUGAACACAUUCUGCGGAAGCCUCUACUUUGCAGCGCCAGAGCUUCUGCAGGGCCAGAGAUACUGCGGGCCGGAAAUAGAUGUAUGGAGCUUGGGUGUUGUUCUGUAUGCGAUCCUGUGUGGAUGUGUUCCAUUUGACGACGAGGAUGUGCAGGGACUUCAGGCAAAGAUAAUGGAUGCCGACUUCAAGUUCUGCAAGACGAUUUCGAGGGAGGCGAUGGAGUUGAUUCGAGGGAUGAUUGUUGCACAGCCUUCCUCGAGAAUGGGCCUUAGCCAGGUGAUUGGAAGUGAAUGGGUCAACAAGGGACAGAAGAGCCGGAUCAACAGCUAUGCAGCAAAGAGAUAUCCAAUAAUGAAGCUUAAUGAGAAAUACAUAAGGCCGAUAUCAAGGGCAAUCCGGUUCCAGUUUCCGAACAUGGAGAGGGAGAUCAGAAGGUUCCACAAGAUAUGCAGGGAAGAGAUAGGAACCCUAGAGCAGAUCUACUGGUCGAGGAGGCCUGUUGUGUCUCUCUAUUACCUUGUUUCUGAGAACCUAGGGGGCGACGAUGAAAACGAGGCCUACACGGAUGAUGGCGAGGAAGAGCCGCCCCAGGAGCUGCCCGAGGCGGUCCAUGAUUUUGUAAGGUUCAUGUUUUCGAAGGAGAAGGGCUGCGGGCCAAGACACGUUAAAAAGGAGGUGUUUUUGACAUCCACAAGCCAGGAUUCCCUCUGCAGCGUGAAGGGAAAGGACUGCGGGCUUCCUCAAGUCAGACAAACAUACCUGAAGGGGUUUUUCAAGGGAAUAAGGGUGAAGCACAUUGGGAGCCACAAUGCACUUAAGAAGGUGCUUCUGGACAUAUUCAAUGCAAACAACAUUAUCUACGAGAUUACCGAGAAGAGUUACUUCUGCUCUGCGUACCAUGAGGAUCUUGAAUGCCUCUUCAAGGUGUCCAUGUACUUCAAUGUUCUUCUCAACGAAUACUACUUGACUGUGACGCCUCUGAACAGCGAGAGAAAGGUUUUCAGGAAUGUGUAUGAGUGGAUUUCUUCUGGGCUAAGGAACAGAGUAUGA